AUGUCUUCAUUCGAUCGCACGUCGUCCCCAGUCCUCACCAUGCCCCCAACCGCUGCUCACCAUGGCGCGUUUGGCAUGCCUUCCUUUCCGCACCAGUUCUCUCCAUUCAGCCGCGUUCAGCCCUUUGGUGCUCCGUCCUCGUGGUCCCAAAAGGCCUUCGCAACCUCCUCAUCGAAAGGCCGCAAGCGUUCCAGAGACGAAGCUGGCAUAAACCUUGACGUCGAAGAAGCCAAGCUCGAAACCAUUGAACCUGUCAAGGAACCCGAAGACGAAUGGGUCUACGGCGAAGGGAUGGUCCUCAUCAAGUCACCUUCCUCCUACAUCUCAGAAGCCGGCAGUCAAUCUGGCACCUGGCUGGAAGACAAAGUCGCGGCCGACAACAUCCGCAUGAACGAAGAGGCACGAGCACUCAAUCAACAGAACCGCCCGUCACUCCGAAGCAACAAGUCUCAGCGUCUAGACCUGAACGCAGUCACAAUUCCCAGCAAUGAAGCCUUACCGAGCCGAGUCAGCCCUGUCCGCGACAUCGAUCCUGCGGCCGCCACCCCGGGUCUGUCAGUCGGCACGAGCGGUCAGCCCAUCAUCGACAACUUCACCCUCCACCUGGGCAUAGGAUGGAGCCGAAUCAGCGAGGACGAGCACAUUCAAGCCGCAGCACGCGGCUGGGCACGAUACAUCGAGAACCACUUCCCCGUCUCCGACGUUCGAAUUCAGCUAGAGAGCAGGGGUCUCCAAUCAUAUCUCGUCGAAGCCUCGGAAGGUUUCUUCCUGUUUGCCGAAAACCUACGUCAAGGUCAGCUUGUUAGCAAGGACGUCAACCAGACACUCGCGAAUCUGAAGAUGUCCCCUCCAGUCUUUGAGGGACUUGAGGUCAUGUCCGCUGCGGAGUCGCCGAAACCUUUCGAGGUCGCCACACCCCCAGAAAUGGCGAUGGUCGAGAUGGACAUGAGCUGA